CUGUGUUUGGAGGACUGCACUGAGAGUGGGCACUACGUCUGGACCUGACAGCUGCACUUUGGUGAAUAGGUUAGAAGAUUCACAGAUCUGUGGGAAAGGGCCAAGAAGACAGUAGUCUGAGGUUUGGAGUGUCUGACCGUAGAGAAGCCAGAGAGAGAGAGUCCCUUUGAAGAUGACACCUGCCAAUUUGGUCUUAGCCUGGUUCCUGCUCGCUGUGAGGACAGUCACCUCUGCUGUCUAUCUGGAGCCUGAGGAGCUCAAUGAAACUGUCCUCUGCACCAAUGACCAGAUGGAGGUGGUCAUUCCCAGUGCCUUCUUCUUCAACAAAGUGCCACCCAUUUAUGUCUGGGAUUUGCACCUAAAUGACCCAGAGUGCCGUGGUGUUGAGAUUGAAGAUGACUAUGUCUUUAGCAUCAAGACCAAUCUCUCUGACUGUGGGACAAUCGUGGCAUCGGAUGAUACACAUAUUAUGUUCAUUAACACCAUACGCAACAACGAUUCGGAUGUCGUCACAAGGAACUACAUAAACAUCACGUUUGUCUGCCGCUACCCAAUAAACUACAUGGUCCAGCAACCUAAUGGGGAAAACAUGAUCAGGGUGGAUGUCAAGACAAUCACUCUGAACACAGAAGAUGGGAACUUCUCUGUGUCCAUGUUGCUGUAUAAAGACGAGGACUUUGAGGACAAGUGGACCACUGUGCCCUCACUGACACUGGAUGACAACAUCUACGUUAAAGUUUUCAUGAUACCGGCUCAUCUUUUGCUGCGUGUGGAGAGGUGCUGGGCUACCCCAACCAAUGACCCGUACAGCAACAUCCAGUACACCUUCAUCAAGGACAGCUGCCCCUUGUUGUCAAACGAACAGACGUUGACAGUGCUGAAGAAUGGACAGGGGCCAGAGGCUAUGUUCAGGAUACAAAUGUUCAAGUUUGUGGGCAGCUCUUACAAGGAUGUGUUUCUCCACUGCAAUGUUCAGAUCUGUCACAACACACCUGGGGUCUGUCAGCCUAACUGUUCUGGUGAGGAUAGCUCCAGGCGGAUGAGAAGAGAUGUUGCCAUGUCCCAUACAGUAUCUUAUGGACCAAUCAGGCGACGUCUGCCUGAGAGUGACCAACCCAGCCUGAACUCUGGAGGUGUGCUUUCGGUGGAGACGUUUGUCCUGGGAGGCCUGCUGGUGGUCCUGCUGCUGAUCAUUGGAGUGUUCGGGAGGCUGUGGCUGAGAACCAGACACUCCUACCCAGCACAGGAGGCCGCACAGCUCACUCUGUCCAAUAUACACCACAUCUCAGAGGUGGCCUCCUAAAAUAGCUGAGCAGACCAGAAGUCCAAGCUAUGAGAACUGAUGUCAAACGGUGCAUGCAUACAUACAUCUACAAAAGCAGACACACAAAUGCAAGCAUGCACAGGCAAUGGUGUAGUGGAGGGAAUACGCAGGUAUACGCCGUAUACACACUUAUUUUUCAGAGGGCAUUGCGUAUGCUCACUUCUUAAUCCCCUUGAUGCGUAUCAAAGUAGUGUAGUGGAUGUAUACGGCGGAUCAAUUAAUAAGGUUGAUGGAACAGAUCAGAAUGUUUAGCUUAAAAUGUUGAUAAACUAUUAUUUCUUAAUAUUUUAGGCGCAGCAAUGUGCACAAGGCUGUAAAAUACGCACAAAUGUUCCAAAAUGGAAUUUGCGGGAAAACUCUGUUCUAAAAUGCGCACCCGGAUUCGUGGAAAUAUCAGUUAGACAUUUUUAAAGGGGCAAGAUCUUAUGAUGCAACAACUAUCAUGGGUUGAUAAUAUGACUAGGAUAAUGCCUUUGACUGCUAGACAAUGAACGAAAACCAAAAGAACAGGAGAACACGUAUGAGGAAGUCUUUAUAAAAUAAUUGCCUCCACAUUUCUAUGAUUUCAAACAAUUAAGGAACAGUAAAAAUAUAG